GCGAUAACGGCCUUGCUCGAGCUCGUGUUACUGCUGGCAUUAACCGGAAUUCUAGCCUCUGUCGCUGCCGUGUUACGCCUGAUGGAACUCACCAUCAGCAUCAUCCACCCGUUCACCAUUUUCAUGCUCCGACAAUCCGGCAGGAUAAUCAUUUUUGGAGUGAGACAGACUGAGAGGCUGGCGUCACACGCGUACUGCAAGAUCCACGUGGAUCGUGGUCGUGCAACAGCCACGGAAUUAACAACGAUAAACAUGCGGCAACCGGAGACACCUUACUACAGAAGUGCUAUACCUGGCAUGGUUGAGGAAACGUUCCCUCGCAAAUGUGAUUUUCGUUUCGUACGAGCGCUGAGAGAAGAAGAGGAAUUGGAAGGAGAUGUGGAAGUUCAUAGUCCCAGUGUUGAUGAAAUUGAAGAGACGGACGACGGCAAAGCGAUGGAAGACGAAUCGAGAAAUCCUAUCGAAGAGGAGGUUACUUCUGAAGCAACGACUAUCGACAAUAGUGUUCAAUAA